AUGCGAUUGCGAAGCAAUUCUGUAUUAAUUUGCGAAGAGCACAUUAAAAAUCAUUCCCAGCUUCAAAGAUCCCAUACUUAUACCAAAGUUUUUUCUGAAAUUCGAGAAGAAGCAAGGGAAUCUGCAAUUAAAUUAUUUCAAAAAUCAAGCCAAAACUCAGAAAUCUUAGAUCAAUUAUCAUACAAGAAGAGCUAUCAAUGAUUAAAGAAAUCAACAAAAUCUCCAAAAAUGCUUUAG